AUGGGUGCUUUCCGCCCAAGGCCUUCGGGGAAGAGGGGCUGGAGGCCUGACGGGUCCACCGGCGAGUCUCAGCCGCUCGCCGUGCUAAUAAGCGAGCGAGGGCUGGAGGAAGAAACUUGUCCUCGUUGCUACGUGAGGACAGCAGGCAAACGACAAAUCAAAACUUCUGUCAUAAGCUUACGCAGUUUUUUGCAUUUCAGUAGGACUAUGGAGGAGCUGGUUCACGAUCUAGUCUCAGCACUGGAAGAAAGUUCAGAGCAAGCCAGAGGAGGUUUUGCUGAUACUGGAGAUCAUUCUCGAAGUGUGUCUUGUCUUCUAAAGCGACAGGCAAGGAAAAGGAGGGGACGAAAAAGACGUUCAUUUACCACCCAUCAUCCCUGGGAGACUGGUCACUGCUUAAGUGAAGGUUCUGAUUCCAGUUUAGAAGAAUCAAACAAAGACUACAGGGAGAAUCAUGCUAAUAAGAAAGACCACAGUGACUCUGAUGACCAGUUGUUGGUUGCUAAACGUAGGCCUUCCUCAAACUUAAAUAACAUCAGAGGCAAAAGACCUCUGUGGCAUGAACCAGAUUUGGCUGUUGACAGUUUGGGAAACAGAACUCUGCGCAGGAGAAGAAAGGUAAAACGGAUGGCAAUAGAUCUGCCAUCAGAAGUCUCUAAUGCACUGACGAUAACUCAGCAGCAGGAUAACAGCAGAGAUCAAGAAAUGGACAAUGACAAUAAAUCAUACCAACACCAAGAGUUUUCUAAGAGCAAAGUGAAAAAAAGAAAAGUAGCUGCAGCUCGACAAGGACUGGAAAUCUUGGAUGAAGGAGUAGUUAUAGAAAAUGAAGAAGUGAACCAAGCAAAUAAGGACAAAAUGGAGUAUGAGGAGCAGAAAGGCUCAGAUGAGAACAUGAGUGACAGUGAAUCCAGCAGUCUGAGCAGCAGUGAUGCUGGUUUGUUUACCAAUGAUGAGGGAAGACAAGGUGAUGAUGAGCAGAGUGAUUGGUUUCAUGAAAAUGAAUCUGGUGGAGCAUGUGGAAUUACAGGGGUCAUUCCGUGGUGGGAACAAGAAGACUCUACAGAACUGGAGAGAGAAUUGCCUGAUCCAGUCUUUGAAAGUAUCUUAACCGGUACUUUCCCUCUUAUGUCCCGUUCAGGGAGAAGAGGUUUCCAGGGUAGAUUUAGUCAUCUUCAUGGAAUGCCAGCAAGAAACAUAAAAAAGGCUUCAGGAAACCAGAAUGCAUUGAUAACUCCGGGACCAGGCGGUAGCAGGAAAACGGUUCACUUGUCCCAGGAUUCUCUUCACCAUGACCACUGGUUUAGCCCUGGGGCUAGGAAGGAACAUAGCCAGCUUCAACUCUUGCGAGACAACCGAUCAGAGAGAGGACACAAGAAGAACAGCUCUGUAAAAACAGCUAGCAGGCAAACCAGUGUACAUUUAGGAUCAUUGUGCAUGGGAGACAUCAAACGGAGAAGGAAAGCUGCUCCCCUGCCAGGACCCACAGGGUUUGUAGGUGAAAACACUCAACCAAUCCCAGAAAACAACAUUGGAAACAGAAUGCUUCAGAGUAUGGGCUGGACCCCUGGCACGGGCCUUGGACCGGACGGCAAAGGGAUAGCAGAGCCAAUACGAGCCAUCCAGAGACCAAAAGGACUCGGACUUGGAUUUAGCUGACAGAAAGGCACUCUGGUUGCCUCAUAAAAAUAAAGUUCAAAAUUAAUUUUAAAAG